CAAUUCAUUCAAACUUGUACAGGGGCCCGGACCCGCAAAAGUUGGGACUGUAAAGACGACCUGAAAUUCUCAGAUAUGACGCUCCAACACAAGUUUAAGUUAAUUCUUAAUUAUUUUGCCUUGGAUAUAGUCUUUUAAUAGCUUAUUUCAUGAUUUGGCAAGGAAAGAAAUCGUGAAUUCAAUUAAUUCCAUGCAGUCGUCUCUCAUGAUUCAUCCUUUGUGGGUAACCCUGUAAAAGAAUAGUUUUCAACCUUGCUCUGAAUAUAUGAUGAUCAGUAUUGGGUUCAUGACUCAGGGUCUCUUCAGCAUCUGCAGACAUCCAAACUAUUCAGCUGAGAUAUCAUUUUGGUUCGUCUUCUACCUUUUCUCUCUCACAGCAGGAGCAAGUAUUUUGAAUUGGAGUCUGGUUGGGAGUGUACUGCUGUGUUUACUAUUUCAAGGUUCAACAGCUCUAUCAGAAUCCAUAACAUCAAACAAAUAUCCUAAAUAUCAUAGAUACAAGACUGAGGUUCCAAGGUUUCUGUGGAUUUGGAAUCCAUUUCAAUCCAAGUAUUUAUCUCCGUUCCUGGAAUAAUAUUAACAACUAUGCAAACAAGUUGUAAAAAAGGAUGAUUCUAAACAAACCACACAAGAUGGUAAAACUUAAAAUCAACCAACAAAAUCAGAUAGAACAUGGAGAAAACCCUAAUAAAUGUUCAGAACAGGAUCUUAUAAGACUAAUUGAUGGAAAAAUAAUGACAAAAACAUCUCAACCAAUCUUGAAAAGACAUAUUCAGGUUUGUAUCCAAAAUACUAAAUAAACCAGUGCUGGAGAAAUUAUAAAGUGACUAUUUUCUGGUAUAUAAUGUUUCUAGUCGAAACCCCAUCACACAAACAACUUCUGAAGCUUUAUUUAACAUAUUUAAUACAAAAAAAUAAAAAUCGCAUGGAAAA